AUGAGAAACACGAUUCUUCUCUCGAUCUUCUGUGCCUCAUCGUUAGCGGCUUUACGAGUGAAACGAAACGGCUUCACGAACAGUUAUGGCUAUGGACCGUUUGGAGUCGGGCCGACAAAUGGCGGAUUUGAUAGUUUUGGUUUUUACAGAGACAAAUUCUACAACAGCGGUCUCCCUCCCCUCUACACUUAUCAAGCGUACCGAAAUUACUAUCACGAGAUCUCUUUUCAUAAAAAUAAAUAUGGCCAACCGGCACCGAAUACUUUCGAAGAGCUUCAACAGGAAAGAUUUGGCCCUUACUAUAAAGGCGUUUGGGGCUACGAUCAUCAAUCUCCUUAUUGGUUUGGCAAA